UGGUCUGGCGACCGUGGAGAAGGUCAUCGUGCACCCCGAGUACCGACCGGGCCUCGCCUACGCUGAUCUGGCCGUCGUGAGGUUGAACGAGUCCUACGACCUGCGGGACUACUUGCCACUGUGCCUCAAUACGGAGGCAGACUUCCCGAUCCGGGUCGGGGUGCGCGCCACCGCGGCCGGCUGGAACACCGUCGGCACCUGGGAGGAGAUGAGUUUGGACAAGCCCAACAACACCCUGGCCGUGCGCUCCUCCGGGCGCUGCUCGGCCUCCCUGCUGAAGCACGACAGGCUGCGCGCCGCCAUGCCGGAGGGUUACGUACCUUCCCUGCUGUGCGCGGGCGGUCUCUGCGACAACGAGACCUACGCGGUUAGUUGGGCUCAUCCAGAAAGCUCGCAGGCGCUGAGCUCCCAUGACGUUCGCUGGGCGCUGCUCGGCGCGACCAACCGCACCAGCCAGGAGCCCAAGGCCGCCGACACCCACCAGCUGAUAGAGGUCGCACAGGCCAUCGUGCACCCCGAGUACGUCGCGACGGUCAAGUACCACGACAUCGCCCUCGUGCGCCUCGCGCAACCCGCCCGGAUGAAGAAGCAGGAGGUGUACCCGGCCUGCCUGGACACGGACAUGGAUGUGGACAACACGGGGAGGGACGCCGUCGCAACCGGAUGGGGCGCCACGAGCUUCGAGGACGAUGGCAGUCAGUCGCUGCUGAAAGUGAACCUCACCGUGCGCGACAUGCAGUACUGCAGGGACAACCUGGAGCUGGACAUGCAGAAGGUCCCCCGCGGCCUGGAGGACGCCACCCAGCUGUGCGCGGGCGGCGGGGAGCACAACCGGGACACCUGCCAGGGCGACUCUGGCGGACCGCUCCAGAUGCGAGCGAACCCUAGCAACGACAUCACGUGCAUUUAUCGAAUCGUCGGUGUCGUCUCGUUUGGGCCACCCUGCGGGCUGGGGAAGCCGGGCAUCUACACGAGGGUGGCGUCGUACGUACCUUGGAUCGAGAGUGUCGUCUGGCCUCCGAGGCCGGACGGCUGCGUGAACAACUUAGAUCAGACGUCGACAAUUGUCAGUACCAAAACUCAGUGA